AUGCCCAUGGGAACAAUCAUCAGUGUUUCCGGACUGAAGCAUGCAGACCAUGUUGCUAUCCCCAGAAAUGACGCUGCACCUCAGAACAAGAGACUAAAAUUGCAAAUUGACGAUGGUGAGCUGCGAGUUUUGAACAAAGCAAGUUUUGAAAGCAUAUUCUCAAUGACUACGGAGGAAGCAAAAGCAAUUAGCUUGAAGACCUUGGUGUAUAAAAAGAACAACAGAGUUAUAUUUGUGGAAUCAGAUGAGGUCUUUACUGAUGUUCUCUUUAGUUUCUUGACAAUGCCCAUGGGAACAAUCAUCAGGCUUAUUUCUAAUCAUAAUCAACCACCAACAGUGGGGAUAGGUUGCAUGAACAAUUUGUAUGAAAGCAUUAAGAACCUUGACAUGCAGUGUUUCUGGACCGAAGCGUGCAAGACCAUGUUGCUAUGCCCCAGAAAUGACGCUGCGCCUCAGAACGAGAGACUGAAAUUGCAAAUUGACGAUGGUGAGGUGCCGAGGUACUUCUUGUGCACCAAGGAUUGUACCCUUUCUGAGCACAAGUUACUCAGUCUCUACCCUAAUGCUGUUUGCGAUUGUGGACGGCUCAUGGAUACAACGAUCGAGUUGUCAGAUGCUCAAGAUAGAGGAGUGUUUGUUAAAGGACGGACCCAAUUUAUAAUAAGUGAUGAAUUACAAGUACAGCCCUCAUCAAUAGAAGCAAGCCUUUCUGAGGUGUCCAAGCUAGGACUCAUGGACUUUAGCGCCGUUGAGGAGUACAACAUCGACAUAGGAGUAGAUGAGGUUCUCACUUUACUGAAGUGUUCACUGGUGUCAAAGAAACCUUUGACAGAGACUUUGUUGGAACGAAAUUCAGCACCAAAGUUCGGCAAAGAAGAUUUUGAUCAGAACAUCUAUGUUGAAUCUACAGUAGAAGAAUCAGAAUCAAAUGUGGAUGGGAAGAUUCAUGUAAAGCUUAUCAUCAGUAAAUCCAAGAAAAUGGUUUGUUUUGCCGAAACAAGUGAAGAAUUUGUUGAUUUAGUCUCCAGUUUCCUAACUGUUCCACUUGGUUAUAUAAUAAAAGAAAUGCAGGAAAGCAUUUCAAUAGGAUCCUUAACUAACCUAUACAAUAGUGUCCAGGAACUUGAUGUUGAGAAAUACUUGAAAUCUAAUGAGCACAAGGAAAUUCUCAUCAGUCCGAAGCUCGCCCCUGAUUUUAGCCAUGAGAUCAAUCCUUUAGUCAUUGAAGAAGGUUUGCACCCAACAUACCGUGCUACAGAAUAUUAUCAAUAUCCUUAUCAUUAUGAAUUGACUUCUGAUGGUCAAAUUCCUUCUGGAUCUACUUUGAGAAGUUCAAUUUUAACUGUCAAGGAUCCUAAGUCUCAUUUUAAAGAAGCCAAAAGACGAGGGUUUGUGACUGGACCAACAAUGUUUACCGUAACUGACAAUCUGAUCAUCACACCCAUGUCUCAAGUCCAAAGUCUGUGUCUUUUGAAAGAAUUGAAAGUAUCUUUUAGCGAUAUUGAGGAGCGUGUUGUGCAUGUGGGUAGUGAGAAGGCUUUGCAUCUAUUGGUGGCUUCUUUGAUAUCGGAAUCUGCUUUGACCAAUGCCUUUCUGAGAGAGCCAAAUUCAGAAUAG